GUUGGGACGACGAUGAAUGAAAAUUUCAAAAUUGGACCAAACGAUCCCAACCCCUGCGAAUCGAUUUUCGUCCUACGUACACCGCCUUCGCCAUGAAGUGACGCGCCGACGCCUCGCCGUCACGACGCUCACGGAUAGAACACAAUUGCCGACAUCCAGACGGCACGACGGCCGUCCAUUGAAUUUAUCCCGUUCAUUCGGCCGUUUUCCCCAUCCGGAUUGAUAAAUCCACUGUCCCGAUUCUUGUGUCCGGACCGUCACGACGAGAGAUGUUGUAGUGCAACUGCCCGCGGCUAGUGCUGGCCAUGCCGUGGCCUGGCUCAUCUUUGAAGCUUGCACUGCUGCUACUGGCAGCCACCGUCGGUCCCCCCGGACUCGACGCCGAGCAGAAUGUCGGCUGUCUUUACAGCGAGAGAUUAUGCCUCGAGGAUGAAUGGUGCUACGACGAUUACGCGUUUGGGCGGUGUCUGCAGGCAACAGGCGACGUCGACGAGGACGACCUUUACAGGUUUAAUCUGGGAAGAGAGGAAUUGCACGAACUGAGCUCAGAAUUACGACGACUUUUUGCAUUGGGUUAUCGAUGGAGUCACGCGUACACCCAAUGCCGCCUCCAGGCAAUGCUCUAUGCCACCCAACACGACAUGACAUUCGACCAGAACACUUGCACCCAUCUGGUGGAUCAGGACCUGGAGGGCGCCCUGAAAGCACUCGAGGGUCAAGUCCCGUUGGACCCCCACGAGGUCGCCAUCAUCAAGUACACCCCCAGCGUGGACAACCCCCACGCCGACUACGCCGACGAAGUCUACUACCCCCCCGAAGACAACCGACCCAUGCAGAACUUGCGAGACAAAAUCCUCGACUCUGACGCCAUCGACAUUGUCGGAAUGGAAGACCCGUACACCGAGUAUCAAAUGGUGAAACGCACCUGGAUCCCUCAAAUGCACAGGCGAUCAUUGCCACAAUUUUUCACGGAGCAGUACAACACGCCCGGAAAUUUUCGCCUCGGAAAGGAGACCCGCGACGAUUUGGAAUUCCUACCCCAAUAUGACGACCGUUACGCCACGCCCGUGGUGGAGGACAACUCCCAGCCCGAGUCCUACAUCGAUCCGGACGAUUACAUGAGCUUCGGCGACUUGACCGAAAUGUAUCCCAUCAUCAAGUACUUGAACGACAGGAGGCUCAGUCCGAGGGAAAUCGAGAAGUUUUUGACGCCCAGCAACUACAACAAGUUGGCGCAACUGUUGCGACAGUUCGAGAAGUCCGAGGAGCAAAACAAAGACUACUUAAAUGAAUUGAUCAAGAGAAACAUGAUGGAGGAGGAGGGUUAUCAAAAUGAUGCUGCACAAGAAGGUCUGCUCACGGACGAAUUCAAUCCAGAGUGGGCCCCCAGAAAUGCCAUCCCCUUUUCCGACGACUUAUCGGAGUCCCGAAUAUACUUUGACGAAAUGGAGCAACCGGAAGAAGACGUCAACGAAGAGUACGGCUCAGGACAUCCCUCAGUACCUGAGGAGGUAUUCAGAGAACGCAAGACUAAACACCAGGCCGCAAGGAAGCCUACAAGCGAGAUUUUUCGAGAGUUGAAGGCGCAGCAACAGGUACAUAACGAGGAUUAUGACGGGAAGUGGGGAAAGAUUGAACCGAAUCCGGGAAUUUACACGGAGGGGGGCGUUGUCCAAGGCGAAACUCCGGAUCAGGAAAGAUCCUGGAGACUUUUGGACAAGUACAUGGCAUUUAAAAGACCUGAACGGUUGGACGUCAAGAAACCUGGACCACCCUUUGAUUCUCAAGUUGUGGAGGCUAUGAAUAACGCUCUGAAGAGUGACCAUAAAUCUAUGGCAGAUAUUAUCAUUCCUAAUAUGAUGAAGAAAGAACCUCGUGGAGUUCACCCAAAUCCUUCACAUGAGAUCCACGAAUCAGAAAAUCAGUAUGUCUACGUUAAUUUUAAAGAUAAUCUACAAUCAUGGCGACAAGGUGCAAUCAUUAUUUCCAAUAUUUCUAACCUUUUACAUUUAGAAAGCGGUGCUUUUGAAGAUGGACAGGUUGAACCUCAUGCUGUGGCGUUCAAAGUUUUACCAAACAGUCGAGGACUCAAUGUGACUGAAGUAGCAAGACGAAUAGAUUUUAUCAAAGAUCGUCUUGAGGAACUAACUGGAAUCCAAGUUGUUUCUGCUGGUAUCGGUGACAAGGAAAAAAUGCAAACAGUUCUAUCGUCCAAAUUAAAGGAACCUUACAGCACCUUCUUCAUAGUAAUUUUUCUGGUUUGCAGUAUUUUAGUCGCACUGAUCUUUGCAACUCUUCUUCUGCUUAUAAUCAAGAAACAAGUGAAAAAAAUCGAGAAACUUCAAAACCUGAGCAAGCCUGACACUGAAGCUAGUAAGGAUUAUCAAGACUUGUGCAGAGCUAGAAUGGCCGGCAAACAACCAACUGGUGAGACAGUUCACGGAAGAAUUACGUCCUUGUCCAGAGAAUCGGAACAAAGUCCUUCUAGCAGAUCGAGCACUUCAUCUUGGGGCGAGGAACCGGCCUUACACAACAUGGAUAUUUCUACCGGUCACAUGGUUUUGAGUUACAUGGAAGACCACUUAAAGAACAAGGAUCGCUUGGAACAGGAAUGGGUAGCCUUGUGUGCCUACGUGGCUGAACCCAGCGAAACCACCAUCGCCCUGAAGAAGGAGAACGUGGAGAAGAACAGAUACAAGGAAGUGGUACCGUACGAUCACGCACGUGUAAUUCUCAACGAAUUGUCUAACGCAAACGGGUCGGACUACAUAAACGCAUCUAGUAUCACUGACCACGAUCCCAGGAACCCUGCUUACAUAGCAACUCAAGGACCUCUACCGCACACCGCACCGGAAUUUUGGCAACUGAUUUGGGAGCAAGGCGCCGUGGUCAUCGUCAUGUUGUCCCGGCUUACUGAGGGUGGAGCAGCCAUGUGUCAUCGCUACUGGCCUGAGGAAGGAUCUGAGUUGUACCACAUUUAUGAGGUGCACUUGGUGAGCGAGCACAUCUGGUGCGACGAUUAUUUGGUCAGAUCCUUUUACUUGAAGAACAUACGAACUGGCGAAACUAGGACCGUGACUCAAUUCCACUUCUUGUCUUGGCCUGAAUCCGGAGUACCCGCAUCCACUAAAGCUUUGCUGGAAUUCCGUCGGAAAGUGAACAAGUCGUACCGUGGAAGAUCCUGCCCGAUAGUGGUGCAUUGCAGCGACGGUGCAGGACGGACCGGCACUUACUGUUUGAUCGACAUGGUACUAAGUAGGAUGGCAAAAGGAGCAAAGGAAAUCGACAUAGCGGCGACCCUGGAACAUCUACGCGACCAAAGACCAAGAAUGGUGGCGACCAAGCAGCAGUUCGAGUUCGUGUUGACGGCCGUAGCUGAAGAGGUACACGCAAUUCUAAAGGCUCUACCACCGCAACCCUCCCCCGCCCCGGUACAAGAAAAAGAGAAAUAAUGAUUAAAUCUUGGUUUUCGAUAAGUUAAUCAGAAGAAAUCCGCGACAACCAGCCCUGUUGUGUGUUUCUUGCGAUGGAAACUUUUUGAGUUGUUUAUUGGUUUCUUUUGCUUGCAUGUUUUAGUACCUUGUAGAUGAUCUGUUACGUUUACAUACUACAUAUCUAUGUUUUGUAAGUACUAAUUAUCUAUCGCGCUUGAAUAUCAUACGAAAUACAUACCUAAAUAUAAUAUUCUAUUGUUACUUAGUCAUUGAAUAUAUUUUUCCCACAAGACAAUGAAAAAUAUAUAAAAUUGAUGUUUACUUUUAAAGAAAAUAUAUAAGUAUAUCAAACAUACAUACAUAUAUAUGUUAAACUAUAUAUAUAUUUUUGUGUCGAUGUAUCUCUUAAAAACUCUAUGUUAUCUGAAUGAGAAGUUUAAAUUAACGUUGUUGAUUUAAGAAUAUAUUUAUGUCCUAAAACAUAAUCGGUCAAUUGCUAUCUAUGUAGUAUUCACAGAUUGAUGGCUGUCUUGCUCCAUACGAAUAUAUAUUUUUGAAAAGUUUAUUUUUUUAAAAAUGAUGUGCAAAAAAAUAUUAGCAUCUUUGGUAACCAGCCUCCCGAAAAGGUUAAUAUUUUUUAGGGCUUCGUUAAAGAGUUUUAUUCUCAAGUUGAUCUUGAAUGCGGUUACAGAGAAACGUGAACUGAAGGGAGAUUGAUUUUAUUUAUUUUCUUAUGUAUAUUUAACAAAAACGAUGGAAAAGUCCCCGCGAAUUGCAAACACACACACACAUCCGCACACAUUAUUGCAUUUGCUACAAGGUAUGUGAAUGUUUUUGAUGCGGGGGACUUUUGUCGUGAUUAGAUUUAAGGAGAGGUAUAAUUACAAAUGUUCUACGCUAUAUAUUUAUUAUCUACUACAUAUAUUUUGUCAAAUCAUAAGAUAAAUAAUGUUAACGUAUAUUAAAAAUAAUAUAAAUGUACUGAAUUUCUGAUUUAGAAUAGUGUAAUGUAAACUACGUGUAUGUAUACAGCAUACUAGUUGUUA